UACUACCAGCAACCGCAGCCUCGCGGAUAUGCCAUGUCGGGUGUUGCGGCCUCGUCAUACCCUCUACAGGCACCCGCACACCCGCAGCACCAGCAGCAGCGGCCCCAGUCGCCGCCCUCGCCGCCCGCCGAGGAGAAGAAGCCCUCGCUGCCAUCCAUCUCGAGUCUCCUCGAGUUUGCUGGCAACGACAAGACGGCGUCAUCUGACUCGGGCGCAACCCAACCACAGCCCCAACAACAACAGCAGCAGUCACAGCCCCAGGCCACUCGCCCCGAGCAAUUCACCGCAUACACGCCAGCCUCGGCGCCCGCCACUUCGAGAAUGACUCUGCCCCCAACUCCGCCAAUGCACCCAGAUGUAGCCCACGACGGCAACCAGUCGCCCUCGGCCGCCUCGAACCACUCUGCUGCCUCGACGCCCUACUUUGUCGGUGGUGCCCUCAACAACAUGGAGCCGCAUCAGCAGCGACAGUCGUUUUCCGUGCCCUCGAUGAAGCGCGAGUCGAUGCAGCAGUCGCACUCCAUGUCGCCCUACAGCACCUCGGUCUACGGCCAGUCUCCCUACCAGUCGUCACCCGGCGCCGCCUCGUCGGCCUCGUUCUACUCUCCUGAGCAGCACUCUUACAACAGCUCUCAGCUGUACACCCAGCGUCCGCUGCCGUCCAACUUCCAGCCACACUCGAUGCCGCUGCCAGUACCGGUUCCCAGCCCGGCCGCCAACGGCUCCAACCCGUGGCAACACCACCACUACAUCAGCACGUCGAGCCAGUCGCAAUUCCCCCAACCACAGGACCGCUACAUCUGCUCGACUUGCAACAAGGCCUUUUCGCGCCCAAGCAGCCUGCGCAUCCACAGCCACAGCCAUACGGGUGAGAAGCCAUACAAGUGCCCACAGCCUGGAUGCGGCAAGGCCUUUAGCGUACGCAGCAACAUGAAACGACAUGAGAGAGGAUGCCACGCAGCCUCAAGCACUACUCUUACGGCAUGAUGUGCAAAGUAAACAAAGAAAAAAAAAGCCGCACCUAAUCGUCUUACGCAAUCGGCCUUGACAAGCCUGGACAUACUCGGAGUCUCUGCUCAUGACAAGCUUUGUUCUGUCAUAUCUCGCCAACGAUACCAUUUGCACGACUUCUGCAUCGGCGCCCUGGGGGUUUUUCCCAAACCACGUUAUGCAUUUGAAUGGAGUUUAAGUUUUUUUGUGUUUGUUUAACGAUAUCCUACUUCGCCAUCAGUCGCGAUGUUGUACGCUUAUUUCCUGUUUUUUUUUCUUUUUCGGUCAAAA